AUGUUCUUCCCCAUGUGUCAACCACUUCGGUCUAGGGAAAACCUGGUUAUGUUGUUUAAAGGAUGUAGAAGGUUUGUGAGAACAACGUGUAGAGUUUCAAUCCCUGGUGGUUCUUUGGAGAAUGAAUUAAAAGCACCUCCUAGAUUUCUUAGGGAUAAAAAGAUAGUUCCAGAUGCUGAUCCUCCUCAUAAGGAAGAUAUUCAAAAGUUGUAUCAGCUUUUUGAGCAAAGUAAAAGACUCACCAUCUUGACCGGAGCUGGGAUUAGCACUGAAUGUGGAAUUCCUGAUUAUAGAAGUCCCAAUGGAGCAUAUAGUUCUGGUUUCAAACCGAUUACUCAUCAGGAAUUCACUCGAUCAAGCCGGUCUCGUAGGCGGUAUUGGGCAAGGAGUUAUGCUGGUUGGAGACGGUUCACUGCAGCACAGCCAGGUCCAGCUCAUACUGCUUUAGCAUCACUAGAGAGAGCUGGACGAAUUGAUUGUAUCAUAACACAAAACGUUGACAGGUUGCAUCACCGUGCUGGGAGUGAUCCGCUUGAAUUACAUGGGACAGUGUAUACUGUUAUGUGCUUAGAUUGUGGCUUCUCUUUUCCCCGAGACUCGUUUCAGGAUCAGCUAAAAGCUCUCAAUCCUAAGUGGGCAGAAGCACUAGAAAGCAUUGAUCAUGGAGAACCAGGAUCAGAGAAGAGCUUUGGCAUGAAACAAAGACCUGAUGGUGAUAUUGAGAUUGACGAGAAGUUUUGGGAAGAAGGUUUUCAUAUACCAGUAUGCGAGAAGUGCCAAGGAGUACUAAAACCUGAUGUAAUCUUCUUUGGAGACAAUAUCCCAAAGGACAGAGCUGCUCAAGCAAUGGAAGCUGCAAAACAGAGCGAUGCAUUUCUAGUGUUGGGUUCGUCUUUAAUGACAAUGUCUGCUUUUCGUCUUGUCAGGGCGGCUCAUGAAGCUGGUGCAAUGACUGCAAUUGUAAAUAUAGGCGUUACCAGAGCUGAUGACAUUGUUCCUUUGAAAAUCAGUGCAAGGGUUGGUGAGAUAUUACCCAGAGUUCUUGACGUGGGAUCGCUUGGUGUUCCAGCUCUAUAG